AUGCCGAGGCACAGAGUCGAUGUCAACCUGAAGGGAGUUUCACACUAUGUUGAUGGCCAGUUCGUUGACGCUACUGGUUUUCCAUUCUGGGAAAACGUGUUACCUAAUGGUCUUCACCUCGAGAGACGGGUUGGACGUCCGGCUAAUGAUGACCGCAAAUUUGUUAAAACGCCAGGAUUUGGAAAAAGUGUUGAGUGGACUAGCGGUCGGGAUGCUCGGGGUGCGCAUGGAGCUCAACGCCGGGCAGGACCACCGCCAAGACAUCCGCCAAGAGAGCAGCAAGGAGAGCGGCGGGGAGAGCAACGAAGAGAGCAGCGAGGAGAGUGGCGGGGUGAGCAGCGAGGAGAAAACUCAGGAGAGGACUCAGGAGAGGGCCCAGCAGAGGACCCAGCAGAGGACCCAGCAAAGGACCCAGCAGAGGGCCCAGCAGAGGACCCAGCAGAGGACCCAGCAAAGGACCCAGGGGAAGACCCAGGAGAGGAAGAAAGACGGGAACCUAGACAAAACCCAGGAUUGUUCGAUGUUCCUGAGGGCGAUAGCGACGAUGCACAUUCCAGGGCUCCACCACGGCGAGAUGAUGAUGAAAUUAUGAACACUCGAACUAGUCGUGGGCCUCAUCGUAGACAAAUGCGUCGACAGGAAGGGAUGGCUCAUGGCCAUGGUGAACAUAACGACUAUGCACACUCCAGAGCUCCUUCAAGGCGAGACGAUUCUGAGACUGUGGAUUAUCAGAACCGUGACAGGCGCCCGCGAGGAUAUGACCGUCCUGAUCGUGCCAGCAGGGAAGUGGGCCUUGGUCCCGCCGUUGGCGCGGAGAGACACGAGUCGCCGCCUCGCUGGCUUGAACUCGGAGAACUAAAACAGUGGGAACGCGAGCGCGGACUACGACCAUGA